AUGAGGAUGGAUGAGAGAAAGAGACCGUCCCCCAUCGGAACCAGAAGGGGUGGAGCAAAAAUUUCAGCGGUGGACAAGGAGGAGGGAAAGGACUUGGACCUGAGCGGAAUGACCUUGGAUUCACUGCCCAGUCCCACCCUCAACCUGGCCGUUGUCACGAAGCUGGACCUCUCCAACAACAAUCUCGAGGUAAGAAUGACAUAAUGCGGUCGAUCAUCAGUUUUCCUUCUUUUUCUUUUUUCUCUUCUUGGGGGGGAGGGGUGGUAGGUGUGGGGUGUGUGUGUGUGUGUGUGUGAGAGAGAGAGAGAGAGAGAGAGAGAGAGAGAGAGAGAGAGAGAGAGAGGGAGGGAGAGAGGGAGGGAGGGAGAGAGGGAGGGAGAGAGAGAGAUGAUGGAACAGUAAAUACUAGAAUUCAGAUUCUUAAGUCACGAUCGAUAAAGAGAGAUAAGGAACAGUAAUCUCCGUAUUUCUGUUCCAGAUCUCGUCCUUAGCAACAGGUUUUGUUUCAAUUCCUGAAGUCCCGUAUUUUACAAUUACUGAUGACGCCAGGCAUUCGGAUCAUCCUCUCUCCUCCAUCCCCCUCCCAGAGAGUUCACCAUCUUGGAAGAAUGAUCCUACGUUUAUUCAUCCCUCCGCGUUCUUCUUCAUCGGAAAUCUGGCCCUAGAUGUCUCGUAGCUGGACCAGUGUUUCCAUUUUUCUUUUGUCUCGUCCUCUCUCUGGGUCGGGUGGAAUCUUCUUCUUCUUCCUUCCUAUUACACAUGUUCCUCCCGCUGAGUUGCUGUUGCUGGCUCGCCGCAGAGCAUACCGGAGUCGCUGGUGGCGCGACUUCUGAACGUGGUGGUGCUGGACCUUCACUCGAACCAGCUGAGGACUCUCCCCAACUCCAUGGGCUGCCUGUCCAAGCUCAGGGUCCUCAACGUCUCCGGCAACAUGCUCGAGUCCCUCCCCAAGUCCAUCGAGGACUGCCGGUGAGUCCCCUUCCUACCUAUCUUCCCAAACGACCGGAAAUCCACGGGUGAUCCGAAGGAAGAGAAGUGUCUGAUCAUCGAGGUUUCAGGGCUCUGGAGGAGCUGGUGGCCAACUUCAAUAAGCUGACGGCGCUACCGGAUACGAUGGGCUUCGAGCUUACGAACCUUCAAAAACUAUGCGUGAACUCCAACAAGCUGGCCACCUUGCCGCUCUCCACCUCCCACAUGACCUCCCUCCGAAUCCUGGACGCACAUCUUAACUGCCUCCGCUCCAUCCCCGACGGCCUCGAGAACCUCUCCCGACUGGAAAUCCUCAACGUCAGCCAGAAUUUCCAGUACCUUCGCUCCCUCCCGCCGGCGAUCGGCCUCCUCACCUCCCUCAUCGAGCUCGACAUCAGCUAUAACUCCAUCGCCGUCCUACCCGACUCCCUCAGCUGCCUUGGCAAGCUCCGAAAGCUGCAGGCCGAGGGAAACCCGCUCGUUUCUCCGCCGAUGGACGUCGUGGAGCAGAGCUUAGACGCCGUUCGCCAGUACCUGACGGCACGGAUGAACGGCAGGUUUCCUCCAGCGCGGAAGAAGUCAUGGCUUGGGCGGCUGGUGAAGUGCGGGACCUUCCCCCAGGCGAUGAUCGCCAGCGACGUGGGUCUCCGCGGGGAGGACGGCCUCUCCAUGCCGGAUUAUCGCACCAUCGACGGCACGGCGUCACCGCGGUACGUCGGCCUCUUAUCCCCCCGCCGGCUUUUUUCCCCCAGGAACUCCCCCCGGAACUCGCCACGGAGGUCGCUGAUCUAG